UGCAUUUAAAAAUUAACCUGGUAACUCAAAGUUCAUGAUGAAAGUGUGCAGUUUAUUUUCAUGAACUAGAUUUGGUCUGACAUUUUUCUAAACUACUUAGACAAGAUCAUGGAAGGAGGAGAACUACCUGGGCUUUUGGUAAAUGAAAUCGGUGGCAUACGUGGGAUACUGCACAGCCAUGUGGCAUUCCUGAGGAAACAUUUCUACCUCAUCACCAUGAAGGAAUUGGUUGAAAACAGGAAGCAUUUAAGCAGAAAGGUCCAAGCAAUCUAUCUGUGGUGGCACAAACCAGUCAUUGACCAAGAGCUCCUCCAGAGCCUGCCAAACUUGAAAGUGAUUGCGAAUUCAGGAGUGGGGAUGGAUCACCUGGAUCUGAAACUUAUAGCUAGCUUUGGUGUGAAGAUGGCUAAUGCUCCACGUGCUGUUUCCAGCAGCACAGCAGAUGCUGGGAUGGCUUUGCUGCUAGCAUCUGCUAGAAGACUAGUGGAAGUCCAUCACAUUGCAAUUUCUUCAAGUAUGGAUUACUGUGAAGCUGAUAUUCUGGGAGUUAAAAUUUCUGGAGCUACUCUGGGGAUCAUUGGCAUGGGCCGCAUUGGAUAUAAGAUUGCUCUGAGAGCCAAAGCAUUUGAAAUGAAGAUUUUGUACCACAACAGGACACAGAGGAAAGCGCAAGAGGAACAAGCUGUUGGUGCCACUUAUUGCGAAACGAUAGACAGCUUACUCCAGCAGGCAGAUUUUGUGAUGUUGGCGGUGAACCUGACACCUCAGACACGCAACCUGAUUGGGAAAAGAGAGCUGGAGCUAAUGAAACCCACAGCUACUCUGGUUAACAUCAGCCGAGGUGCAGUAGUUGACCAAGAGGCGCUGGUGAUGGCUCUGCAGACUGGUGUUAUCUGGGCCGCGGCUUUGGAUGUAACCUACCCAGAACCACUGCCCAGAGAUCAUCCUUUGUUAAAAUUAAAGAAUGUCAUUAUAACGCCUCACCUCGGCAUUAAAACAGACAAGACCACUUACAUGAUAACAGAGGAAGCAGUUGAAAACAUACUAGCAGCUCUAAAUGGUCUCCCCAUGCCCAGUGAAGUGCUCCCUAGUUGAUGUGCGAAAGGAUAACACAUCUCUUUUUAUUAUUUUCUUUCCCCCAUCAGCUCUAAAGGUUUUUAUUCUUAUGUUUUUUCCCUUAAGACAAACCUAUUUCAACCUUAUGAAUAUAGAUUUCCUGCCUCAGCUUUUUUUGCCUACACAUAAUGUAGACAGAGGAAAUGUACGUCCUUGUCCAGUUUCAUGCUUAAGCUAGUCUAUACAACCCAGCUGGGAAAUGCAUGGAAGUCUUUUAGGGUAACACAAUACUUCAAAAGCCUAAACCUAAGAAACAGUUAUUGUGCAAGCACCUUAUUAACACCGCAGGCAUCAGCUCACCCUGCAGGAUUACAUGGACACCAGUGGUAAUAUUUAAUGAUGGGAUGAAGUUCACAGACUACGCAAUACUUCACAUAGCCACAGACCCAUUUCAGAGUGCUCUGUACAAUGCUGGUAUAACAGAUCCCUUUCUAUUAUAGAAAACUAAUAGCACACAGCAACACAAUGUGAUUUAGCUGAGCAGACUAUGUGGAGGUCUAUAAAUUAAAUAUACUUAGAACAUGGUAGUGCUCUGGUACAAUUGUCUUCUUCUGUCACAUAUGUUGCUAUACAGAUAUAUCUCCAAUAGAGAUGUAUCAGCUCCUGAACUAUAGCUUUAAAAUUAGAUGUUCAAGUUGCACAAAAAAACUUUGAAGCCAUCUGAUUCUCUCCACAUCUAACCACAUAACACACCCAUUUUCUUCACAUUUGAUAGGUAUGUCCUGGAUUUUUGCUUAAAAAAGAGUAACAUUCCUUUAAUUAUUAUUUUUUGGCUCCUCUAACAAAUUGUUCCUUCAUUUUGUUCAUUCAAAUUUGUUGAUUUGAUAUACAAAGGAAAAAACUCC